AAUGGGUCGAGAGACGUAACUUGGCGUAUAUAUAGACACACACACAUACAUGACGAAUUCCUUUGUUUUCAACUGAGAGUCGUCAACCUUGUCGUGCGCGUCGAUCACCAACUCCACUCGGAACAUAAAGGAAGUAAAACCUCCAUUACCGCACAUGCGAACAUCAAUCGAGCAGUUCAGACGAUAAUGAAAAACAUCGGCUGCACCUCCUUCCUCCUCGCCUCAUUACUCCUCGCCUUACUUCCAUCUUCCACCGCCCGCGACACCAUUACCCCCACCACCCCUCUCUCCGGCGGCCAAACCCUCAUCUCAUCAGCCAAGUUCUUCGCCCUCGGCUUCUUCACCCCCGCUGGAACCGCCAAUUCCUACCUUGGCAUCUGGUACAACAACAUCAAAACCCAAACCAUCGUAUGGGUCGCCAACCGCGAUUCCCCUGUCGCUGGCAACUCCACCGACGGAAUUCUCUCCAUCUCACGCAACGGUGCCCUCAUCAUCACAGAUCGCAGCACCAACUUACCCGUCUGGUCCUCCCAAACCACCUCCUCUCUCGCUACCCCUCUCGCGCAGCUGCUCGACAAUGGAAACUUCGUCGUCCGUAAUGUCAACAGCGGCGACAACGACUUCGCUUGGCAGAGUUUCGACCACCCGACCGAUACCCUUAUUCCUGGAAUGAAGAUAGGAGUAAAUUUCGACACUCACAUCAAUCGAACGGUGUCGGCCUGGAAAUCUGAUACCGAUCCCAGCUCAAGCAGCUACAUCGCCGCCAUGGAUACCAACGGCGACCCGCAGUUGUACUUUUGGUCUGGUUUGAGGAAGAUCUGGCGCAGCGGCCCAUGGGACGGCCUCCAUUUCUCCGGUGUACCGGAGACCACCACAUACAUUCAGUUUAAUCUCAGCUUCAGCUUCAUCAACACGAAAAACGAAGUCUCCUAUUCCUUCAACACUCAAAACUCAUCGAUCGUGACCAGGCUGCUCUUAAACCAGUCGGGACACGUCCAACGCGCUAUCUGGCUAUGGGAUACCGAGCGCUGGAACUUUUUCUGGCAAGCGCCAGGGGACCAGUGCGACAACUACGCAGCCUGUGGACCGUACGGGGUUUGCGACCCAAACAUGUCGCCGGUUUGCGAAUGCGUGCAGGGAUUCAUGCCGAGGAACCCGACGAAUUGGGCGCUGAUGGAGGGAAAGGAUGGAUGCCGGAGGAAGACGACGUUGGAUUGCAAGAAUGGGACGGAUGGGUUCGUGAGGGUGAGCGGGGCAAAGGUGCCGGACACGGCGCAGGCUGUUGUUGAUUUUAGUUUAGGGCUGGACGGGUGUAAGACAAGGUGUUUGAUGAAUUGCUCCUGCACGGCUUAUGCGUUGGCGAAUCUCAACAGCGGGAGUGGGUGUUUGAUGUGGGUUGCAGACCUUGUUGACAUGCGGCUCUACACUAUCGGCGGGCAGGAUGUCUAUGUGCGUGUCGCGGCUGCUGAUUUGGGGCCAGCAUCAGAUGAACAUAAUCAUACGAGUGAACUGACGGCUGUGAUCGUGCCGUGCAUUGUUGUGGGAGUUUUUCUGCUUGCUGGUGUGGGUUGGUGCAUGUGGAGAAGAAAAAGUAAAAGGCGACGAAUGCUAGGCACGAGCUCCUUUCAUGAUAAACGCAGUGCAGAACAAGAACGAAUAGACAAUGACUUUGAAUUGCCUAUCUUUCCUCUGGAAGUAAUAACUGCUGCGAUCAACAACUUUUCAGCAGAAAAUAAGCUUGGGGAGGGUGGUUUUGGUCCUGUCUAUAAGGGCAGGCUUGAUGAUGGCCAAGAGAUAGCAGUGAAGAGGCUUGCCAAGACUUCAGUCCAAGGUCUUGAUGAGUUCAAGACAGAGGUUAUGCUAAUUGCCAAACUACAACAUAGAAAUCUUGUCCGAUUGCUGGGUUGCUGUGUUCAGGGCCGUGAAAGAAUGUUAGUGUACGAGUACUUGCCUAACAAGAGCUUAGAUGCCUUCUUAUUUGAUAAAGCGAAGUCUGUGCUAUUAAAUUGGCAAACACGCUACGAGAUCAUAUUUGGUAUUUCUCGCGGGCUUCUUUAUCUUCAUCAAGAUUCAAGACUUAGAAUAAUUCACCGCGAUCUCAAAGCAAGCAACAUUCUCCUUGAUGAAGAGAUGAACCCUAAAAUCUCAGACUUCGGCAUGGCAAGGAUUUUUGGGGGAGAUGAAACCCAAGUCAAUACCAUAAAGGUUGUGGGUACAUAUGGAUACAUGUCACCCGAGUAUGCAAUGGAUGGCGUCUUCUCUGUAAAGUCAGAUGUAUUUAGUUUUGGCGUCUUGGUGCUGGAAAUCAUUAGUGGAAAGAGGAAUAGAGGGGUUUACAGCGCUUCCCCUCACAUGAACCUUCUUGGUCAUGUAUGGAGUUUAUGGAAGGAGGGAAAUAGCCUGAAACUAGCUGAUGAAACAAUGAACUCUGAUUUUCCAGUUGAUGAAGUCUUAAAGUGCAUAAAAAUUGGCUUGUUAUGUGUUCAAGAACGCCCAGAGGAUCGGCCAUUAAUGUCUUGGAUAGUUCUGAUGCUUGCUGGGGACAGUGGAUUGGGAUUGCCUGAGCCUAAACAACCUGGAUUUUUUUCGAGAUUUCCAGUAGAUUCUGAUUCAUCAUCAGGCAAACAAGAAUCAACUACUAUAAAUUAUGACAUAUCAGUUUCAAUUAUUGAAGGAAGAUAACCAACUAGUUUUGGAGGAUUGAUUUUUUUUCUGGUGAUUUGAGGAUUCAAAAACAGUUAGAGCUGAUCAUAGGUACAGAAUAUGCUUUCCCAUUGUAUUCUUAAUUUUUUUUUAUUGGUCAUCUGUUCGCUAUUUAGAGUAGGUAAACAGCUAUGUUCUUCAGCUGGCAAUUAUGGGUUUAUAAAGAUCAAUAAUUUUUCACUUAGGAGUUGUUUGGUUUGCUGCAUUAGUAGUGUAAUGUAUUUCAAAUGCAGGGAUUUUGAAAAUAUUGAUGUUUGGUUUGAACUAAAA